AUGGCCACCAACUGGUUCGCGGGCGCUCCCUUCGGGGUGCAGAGCCACAGGUUUGACGUCUCCGCUGUCUAUCCCAACCAGAAGAAGUUCAGCACCUUCACGGAGGCCACGUACUCCAGGGUUUACUCUGUGGACGUGUCCCACACAGGACCUGGGACCUAUGGCUGCAAGGAGACCUGCUUCAGCAUCAAGAAGUUGAAGAAGGAGGUGGGCACAGGCUGGGCCAAGGCCCAGGAAGCCCCCCGGCUGACACAGCUGCCCUACUUCCAGUACUGGGCCAUCAUGAAAGAGAAGCGGCAGCCCCUGGGGCCCCACCCUGCCCUACCGCUGAAGGAAGAGCUGGGGCCUGGCUCCUACAACUCCAAAGACUUCUUAGAAGAGUUGCAGGAGAAACCGGGAAGCUCUGGGGAGGUUCGCUUCCGAGGACUCAUUGGGGAUGGGACUCUAAUGGAGGAAUUUUAGGCAUCCACCAGAAGGUUGGAGAAGACCCCU